AGUGGGUUGAGGAGCGGCCUGUGGGUCACCCUGACGUCGGUCCCCGGGCCUUCUGUGUGACUCUUCGUGUGAGACGGGGUUGAGAUCUUACGGACACUGCCAUUUCCUAAGAGAAGAGUCAAGGGGAGGAAAGAAUGGCUGUUGGACUUCUUAAAGCCAUGUACCAGGAGUUGGUGACCUUCAGAGAUGUGGCUGUAGACUUCUCCCAAGAGGAGUGGGAUUGUCUGAAUUCUUCUCAGAGGCAUCUGUACAGUAAUGUGAUGUUGGAGAACUACAGGAUCUUGGUAUCACUGGGACUUUGCUUUUCUAAACCAAGUGUGAUAUUAUUGUUGGAACAAGGGAAGGAGCCCUGGAUGGUAAAGAGAGAGCUGACAAAAGACUUGUGCUCAGACUGGGAAUCUGUGUGUGAGACUGAAGAGUUAACCCCAAAGCAGGACAUUUAUCAAGUGCGAUCAUCUCAGAAAGUAAUAGAAACACUUACAAGCUGUGGCCUUGAGUACUCCAGAUUGAAAGAAGAAUGGAAAUGUGAGGGCCACUUUGAGAGGCAACCAGUGAAUCAGAAGGCAUGUUUCAAGGAAAAGACAAUCACUCACGAAGAAGCCCCUGUUGAUGAAAGAGGACAAGAAUAUAACAAAACUUGGGGAAGUUUCCAUCCCAGCACACUACUUCAUACACAACAGAUAAUCCCCAAAGAGGAGAAAGUACAUAAACAUAACACACAUAAAAGCUUUAAAAAAAGAUUAAUGGCUAUUAAGCCCAAGAGUAUCUAUACAGAGAAGAAACUUUUGAAAUGUAAUGACUGUGGAAAAGUCUUCAGUCAGAGCUCAUCCCUUACUCUUCAUCAAAGAAUUCAUACUGGAGAGAAACCCUAUCAAUGUAUAGAAUGUGGGAAAGCCUUCAGCCAGAGAUCAAAUCUUGUUCAACAUCAGAGGAUUCAUACUGGAGAGAAACCCUAUGAAUGUAAGGAAUGUAGGAAAGCCUUCAGUCAGAAUGCACACCUAGUUCAACAUCUGAGAGUUCAUACUGGAGAAAAACCUUAUGAAUGCAAAGUGUGUAGGAAAGCCUUCAGCCAGUUUGCUUACCUUGCUCAACAUCAGAGAGUUCAUACUGGAGAGAAACCCUAUGAAUGUAUUGAAUGUGGGAAAGCAUUUAGCAAUAGAUCAUCUAUUGCCCAACACCAGAGAGUUCAUACUGGUGAGAAACCUUAUGAAUGUAAUGUCUGUGGGAAAGCGUUUAGCCUUCGUGCAUACCUUACUGUCCAUCAGAGAAUACAUACUGGAGAGAGACCCUAUGAAUGUAAGGAAUGUGGGAAGGCUUUCAGCCAGAAUUCACACCUUGCUCAACAUCAGAGAAUUCAUACUGGAGAAAAACCUUAUAAGUGUCAGCAAUGUAGGAAAGCAUUCAGCCAGAUUGCCUACCUUGCUCAACAUCAGAGAGUUCAUACUGGAGAGAAACCCUAUGAAUGUAUUAAAUGUGGGAAGGCUUUUAGCAAUGAUUCAUCCCUUACUCAACAUCAGAGAGUUCAUACUGGAGAGAAGCCUUACGAAUGUAAUGUUUGUGGAAAGGCUUUUAGUUACUGUGGGUCCCUUGCCCAACAUCAGAGAAUCCAUACUGGAGAGAGACCCUAUGAAUGUAAGGAAUGCAAGAAAACCUUCAGACAGCAUGCACACCUUGCUCAUCAUCAGAGAAUCCAUUUUGGGGAGUCACUGUCACCACCCAAUCCAGUCAAUCACCAAGUCCUGUAGACUAUCUCAAAAAUACUUCUGGAAUUUAUACUCUUUUCUCCAUCUCUAAUGUUGUCAUCCUUGUCUAAGAUUCAUCUCACCUGGAUCACUCUAUAGCUUUCUAACAGGUCUUCCUGUAUCAACAUUUGGUCCCCUUAAAUUCAUUUUCCACCAUGCACCCAAACUGAUCUUUUUCAAGUGUAAGAAUACACACAUCACUGCCUCCAGUUAAAAGUUUUUUUGGCUUGCUGUUGUUCUUAAGCUAGCAUCCACAGUCUUUAAAACUGUCUAUGAGGAGCUUCAUUAUCUGGUUCUUAGAUACCUUUCAGCCUUAUUUUAUUCCAGUCUCUCUGGGCACUAGGCACUUCCCAGGUCUAAGAGCUUAGAUUCUGGAAAAUCAUAGCUCUACCACUACUGUAGCAUUGUGUGAUUUUGAGUAACUUGCUUGACUUAUCUAAACCUCAGGGUUUUCUUUAAUUCUUAAAAUAGGGAUAAUAAAGGAUACUGUAUUGUAAAAAUGUGAGUAUUAAAUGAAAUAGUGUCUAUUGUAGAUUGGUGCAUAUUAAGUAAAAAAUUUGCAUGCAGAGUACUUAACAUAGUACAUCAAAUAUAGCAGAUAUUCAAUUUAAUAAUAAUAGCUAACAUGCAUUGAGUGCCUACUUUGCACCAGGCACUGUUCUACAUACUCAACAUAUAUUAACUCAUUUAAUCCUUACAGCUAAAACAAGAUUCCUUAGUGGAUAAAGCAGAACAUCAUGGGAAGCAGCAGGUCAGAACUGGGGAAACCUAAAAACUUUAGAAUAUAUGUGGGAGUGUUUGUAUGCUAGGUGAGUAAUUGAUAUAGACAAAAGUAGUAGAACUAUAACACAACCAGUUUUAGGAGAUUUCUAAAGAAACAAUUGGAUAUACUAAUUAAAUAAAAUGAAGAUUCACUGAGAAAAAUGCAGAACUUAGAUCAAGAAAAGAACAGAGAGUAUUGCAAUUAACUCCAAAAACCCAAUAAACAGAAAUUUAUACUGUAGCAUAAAAAGACAUCAAUCCCAGGUAAUUGAAUGGGUGAAUCUAGGUGAUUUCAAAAGCAUUUAAACUGUUUCAUCCCAUAGAAAAAGUAUAUAAAUUUUUAUCAAGUGAUUAUAAAAUUGAAACCAAAAGGGGACUGAGGAAAGAAAACUACAGUCAAAUGUAGUUUGACUACAUUUAUAUAUAUACACACAUGCAUAUAUAUACUUUCAUUCAGUGAAUUUUGAGUAUUGUUUGCCACACACUGAUUUAGACAUGAGGAGAUAACAUGAUCAAUACAAAGACCAUGUCCUCAUGGAGUUAAAACAAUAGAUUUUCUAGGCCCAGAAAACUGAAGAACAAUAAAAUAAAUUGAAGGGUAUUAUAUAGCCUAGGCUGAAGAGACUCAAUAACAAAAGUUAUCAGUUACUCCUAAUUUACAACUUCACUGCAGUUCCAAGCAAAAUUCCUCAAUGGGCCUUUUUGCCCUUUAAUUUCACAGCUUUGUUUUGAAAUUCAUCUAUGAAGUGUGAAUUCUAAAGAACAAGAAAAUUAUCGAAUCUAAUCUAUUUGUAGAAAUUUUGCAUAUGAUAAAGUUGGUUUAUACCUGUAGAGAAAGGAUGGAUUUGGGAGUAGUAAAAUAAUUGACAAUGUAUAUCAUGGCAGUAAGGGAAAAAAAUAAAAUGAACUAUUUCAAAAUCAUCACAUUAAAAAAAGCAUCACAGUACCUAUUACUGGGAAGAUGUGGAGCAAUAGGAAUAUUCAUACAGUGCAGUUGAAAAUAGUUUUUUAAAAAGAAUAAUGUAUCACUAUCUAGUAAAGUUGAAGAUGUGGAUACUCUUUGACCCAGCAAUUCCACACUUAAACCUCUACAGAGCCUCUCCUUAUGUGUUCAGGGAGAUGUACAUGAAGACCCACUUCAGUGUUGUUUGUGAAAAUGAAAAGUUUAGGGUAAGCAAAACAAUCAUUAGGGUUUAAAUAAGAAUUGAAAUUAAUGAACUAGAGAUACUUUUAUCAAUAUGGAUACAUCUCAGAAACUAUUGAAAUCGAACUAGAGAGUAUUUUGUGUGAUAUGGUUCCACUUAUUUAUAUAAAGUUUGAAAACAUGCAAAUCAACACUAUGUAUAUUUUUCAUGGCUAAAUACCAUAUGGAAAUAGUGUAAUAACAUUUAUGGAAAUAAUCAUCAAAUUGUGAUGACCUCUGGGGAGGGAGAAAAAUGAGAUUGAGGAAAGGAUGCAAAGGGAGGUAUCUUUUAAUCAUUAAUUUCUUUAAAAAAUAACUGGCCAGUUCUAAAUUGAUGGUUGUGGGUUUUUAUUCUCUGUAUCUUUCUAUAUGUUUAAACUAUUUCAUAAUUAAAAAAAUUUAAGUAA